UUCUUCUCUCUUCAGCCUUGGUCGAAGCCUACAAGAUAUCCGCCUUGAAGUUAGUGGUGGACACAGAGAGCAGACUUCAGAAGUUGUGUGAUAUGGGUCAGAACUUCCAUCACGCUUGGAAUAAUUGCUCAGUCUUGCUAGUCCGAUGUGCUCAGGCUCACGUAAGAUAUUUCGUGUGCGUGAAAUUCCUCCAGCGCGUGACGUCAUCAGCUGUCAGCGAGGGCCUGAGGGGAGUCUUGCAUCAGCUGUGCAGAUUAUACCUUAUUUAUCAUAUCACAAUUAAUCAAGGGGAUUUUCUGAGGAGCGGCUCCCUGACCUCAGCCCAAAUCUCGACCCUGGAGGAUGACCUCAGCUUACUCUUGACCUCGCUUCGACCUCAAGCCGUGCCCAUCGUCGACGCCUUCGACAUCCACGACGAGAUUCUGGACUCGACUCUGGGGGCGUGGGAUGGCAGGGUGUAUGAGAGGUUAUACGAGGACGCUAAGAAGAGUCCCCUGAACAAGACCGAUGUCCCUGAAGCUUAUCACAAAUUCCUGAAACCUCUCAUGAAGUCACAGCUGUAGCGUCGAGACUUCCACUCGUAUCGCAGCUGUUGUGAGGGUCGUAGAGGUGGUUUUGCGGCAGGAGUCAGUAGGAGUUUCGUCCGUGUGGAUUUUUGUGAUUGUGUUGGUUAUUUAUUGCGUUGGUGGUGAUGAUGGGGAUGAUGGUGGUGAUGAUAAUGGUGAUGGUUUGAUGGUGGUGGUGGUGGUGAUGAUGGUGAUAAUGAUGGUGAUGGUGAUGAUGAUAGUGAUGAUGGUGGUGGUGAUGAUGGUGGUGAUGAUGAUGAUGAUAGUGAUGAUGAUGAUGAUGAUAAUGAUGAUGGUAAUGAUGAUGGUAAUGAUGAUGAUGAUGAUGAGCAAGGUAAAAUAUCAAAUACUGAAAAUAUAUUCUUUCAUCUUGAAAAUUGGUCAUAAAAUUUAAAUAUAUAUUGUCAUGAAUUGAAAAUUAUGUAUUUGCAUUAUUUUACAUGAACUUGGAAAUUGGAAAACUAAACUUAAGGAAUUAAUAUUUCUUCAUAGAGCAUUUAUUUAGCCUAAAACACACACACACACAAACACACACACACACACACACACACACACACACACACACACAAACACACACACACA